AUGACUGCGACUCUGAGGCAGAUGGACGACUAUCAUUACAGCCAUCUGAUCGGAACCUUUGGGAAGAUAAGGAGCGAUGUGGUGGAUUUUCUCAUGGAGACGUUCAUCAUGUUCAAGAACCUGAUUGGAGAAAACGUCUACCCUUCAGACUGGAUCAUCAUGAACAUGAUGCAGAACAAAGUCUUCCUCAAGGCCAUUAAUCAGUAUGCAGCGGUGCUCAGCAAGAAGUUCCUGGAUCAGACCAGCUUUGAGCUACAGCUGUGGAACAACUAUUUCCACCUCGCUGUCGCCUUUCUCACCCAGGACUCCCUUCAACUGGAGAACUUCUCAAGCGAUAAAAGAGCCAAGAUAUUCCACAAAUAUCAGGACAUGAGACGGCAGAUCGGCUUCGAGAUCCGAGACAUGUGGUACAAUCUGGGUCCCCAUAAGAUCAAGUUCAUCCCGGAGAUGGUGGGACCGAUCCUGGAGAUGACUCUUGUGCCGGAGAUUGAGCUGAGAAAAGCCACAAUCCCAAUCUUCUUCGACAUGAUGCAGUGCGAGUCUCACUCCACCUGCAGCUUCCACCACUUCGAAAACGAGAUCAUCACCAAGCUGGAUCACGAAGUGGAGGGCGGCCGCGGAGACGAGCAAUACAAAGUCCUCUUCCAGAAAAUCCUCCUGGAGCACUGCAGGAAGCACAAGUACCUGUCAAAGAACGGGGAGACCUUUGUGACGCUGGUGGUGAGACUUCUGGAGAGACUGCUGGACUACAGGACCAUCAUGCACGACGAGAACAAGGAGAACCGGAUGAGCUGCACCGUCAACGUCCUGAAUUUUUAUAAAGACAUAGACAGAGAGGAGAUGUACAUACGAUACCUGUACAAGCUGUGCGACCUUCACAAAGAGUGCGACAACUACACAGAGGCGGCCUACACACUGCUCCUCCACGCACGGCUGCUCAAGUGGUCCGAUGAGGCGUGUGCGGCUCACCUCACGCAGAGGGACACGUACCAGGCCUCCACACAGGGGCAGCUCAAGGCCCAGCUCUACCAACAAAUUAUCAACUACUUCGACAAGGGGAAGAUGUGGGAGGAGGCCAUCACUUUGGGGAAGGAGCUGGCUGAACAAUAUGAAAAUGAGAUGUUUGACUAUGAGCAGCUGAGUGCCUCCUUGAGGAAGCAGGCUCAGUUCUACGAGAACAUCGUGAAGGUGAUCCGGCCCAAACCGGACUACUUUGCUGUGGGAUACUACGGCCUGGGCUUCCCCUCUUUCCUCCGGAAUAAAAUGUUCAUCUAUCGUGGGAAAGAGUACGAGCGGAGGGAGGACUUCGAAGCUCGUCUGCUCACACAGUUCCCCAACGCGGAGAAGAUGAAAAUCACCACUCCACCCAGCGAGGAGACCAAGACUUCACAUGGACAACACAUCCAGUGUUUUAUCGUGAAGCCCAUCCUCGACCUUCCUGAAAAAUUCCAAAACAAGUCUGUUUCUGAGCAAAUUUUAAAUUUCUACACGGUGAAUGAAGUCCAUAAAUUUCAGUAUUCGCGGCCGGUGAGGAAAGGGAAGAACGACCCCGACAACGAGUUUGCGAACAUGUGGCUGGAGAGAACCACUUACACCACUUUCUACAAGCUCCCUGGGAUCCUGCGCUGGUUUGAAGUCACAUCUGUUUCAACAGUCGAGAUCAGUCCUUUGGAAAACGCCAUAGAAACAAUGCAGUCUGCAAACGACAAAAUAAGCAGCAUCGUCCAGAGGCAUCUGAGUGACGGGAAUCUACCCAUCAACCCGCUCUCCAUGCUGCUCAACGGCAUCGUGGAUCCAGCUGUGAUGGGAGGCUUCGCUAACUACGAGAAGGCUUUCUUCAAUGACCAGUACAUGCAGGAACACCCAGAAGACCUGGAGAAAAUCGGCAAACUGAAGGACCUGAUCGCCUGGCAGAUCCCCCUCCUGGGUGAAGGACUGCGAAUACACGGAGACAAAGUGACAGAAGCUCUCCGACCGUUCCACGACCGGAUGGAGGCCUGCUUCAAACAGCUGCGAGAGAAAGUGGAGAAACAAUACGGUGUUAAGACUUUGCCUCCAGUGGACCAGCGGCGGCGAGGGUCCCGGCCUCACUCUAUGGUGCGCUGCUUUACCAUGCCCUCGUCACAGCGCCCUCUGUCUGUGGCCUCGGUCACCUCCAUCUCCUCCGACAACUCCCCCUCCAGGCCUGGCUCCGACGGGUUCACGCUGGAGCCGCUGCUGCCCAAGAAACUGCACACCAAGUCCACGGACAAACUGGACCGCGAGGAGUCCGAGAGGGACAAGAAGGACCGCAAGAAGGAGAAGAGAAACAGCAAGCACCAGGAAUUGUUCGACAAAGACCUGAAGGCUGCGGAAUUGACGGCGCAGCCCACGGAGGCGGUCAUUCUCUCAGAAACGAUAAGCCCGCUGCGUCCUCAGAGACCGAAGAGUCAGAUCCUGAACCAGCUGACCGGGGACCGCCGCCUCUCGGUCUCUCCUGGUCCCGUCUCCUCCAACUCCUCUGCCUCCCCCGGACCCCCUCCCAUCACCCCCCGCACCAAGCUCUGCUUCAGCCUUCUCUCCGGAUCCAGCCUGGAGCUCAACGGCACCAGCGACGCCCCGCCCCCCCUGCCUGUCAAGAGCAGUAUUGCAGACUACGGAAACCUGUUUGAGAACCCCGAACUGUGCCCGUCCACGCCACCGCCGCCGCCGCAUCACAGGCACUUGCCUCCUCCUCUGCCCAGCAAGACUCCUCCCCCUCCGCCUCCAAAAACCACCAGGAAGCAGACCUCCAUAGACUCCGGCAUCGGGCAGUGA